AUGAAGAAAAAUAAGUUACUGUUAACAGCAACCUCCUCGCUCAUAUCUGCAAUUUUAACUUCUUUCCUACUUCAUCCACUAGAUGUCGUAAAGACUAGACAACAAGUGGCAGCAACAUCAGAUGGUGCAGUUGUCGCGUACUCAACACUAAUAUCUUCAAUUAGUUUCAUAAUUAAUACAGAAGGAGUCUUUGGAUUAUAUAGAGGAUUAAAUGGCCAGUUAGUUGCAUCAGGAAUUUCUUGGUUUAUUUUUAGAUACCUUUUUGAUUUUAUCCGCUAUUCUAUAGAAGAAUGCAAGUAUUUUUCGUUCAAUUAUAGAGUUAAAAAUCAAAAAUAUGUUUAUUCUACAAAUAUUUCUCCGUUUUCAAAUUCAUUCGCAACAAUCAUUGCCAGCAUACUUUCCACUGCAUUAGUUCAUCCACUUUGGCUAGUUAAAUCCAGAUUAGAAAUGCAAUCACUAAAUACUAAAAAAAAGGGUUGGAGACAAUAUUCUACAGGAUUAAACGGAAUAGUUGAAUGUAUUUACAGUAUUUAUCAAAGCAAUGGAAUAUGUGGUUUAUAUUCCGGAUUUAUUCCAUCUUUACUUUUGAUUCCGCAUACAUUAAUACAACUUGUGAUUUACGACAUACUGCGAACUAAAUCGAUGAGCUGCGCUUCAAAGUGUCUUUGUUUGAAUAAUUUGCAUUUCUUCUUCAAUGGAUUCAUUUCAAAGUUACUGGCAUCGACAUUAACAUAUCCCCUGCAAGUUAUUAGAUCAAGAAUGCAAAUGAGCAAAUUGGAAGAUAUAAAACUAAAUGUAUAUGAAGUCAAUAUAUUAAAACUAAGCCGUAAAGAAUUCAUCAGUUUUGUCAGGGAUCAUUAUUUUCCAGGAAUAAUGACGCAUAUUCCUAAAGUUAGUAUCCACAACGGAAUAAUGUUUCUAAUCUAUGAAGUAAUAAUAAGGCUACUUGAAUCGCUCAUAUUGGUAAAUUAG